GAGCCGAUACUUGGGCAAUACCACUACAAUGAACAAGUCAAUCAAAGGUCUUACGCCAUCCGAGGCUCGCUUUGACGGCUCAGCACUACGAAUCGCCAUCGUUCACGCCAGAUGGAACAAGGAAGUAAUCGAUGCUCUCGUUUCAGGCGCGGUGGCUAAACUGAAGGAGCGUGGAGUCAAAGAGAGCAAUAUUGUUGUGCAGUCUGUUCCGGGGAGCUUUGAACUACCCCUGGCAUGCUCGAAAGUAAUUGCAGGAUCACACGUACAAGCAGGCGCAACUGCUGGGGACUUGCUAGGCCUGACGUUCGGAGGCUCCACAUCAUCUCUUUCCAAACCUGCUGAAGUACAGUCACCACCUGCAACUGUCGUGACUAUGCCGAAUACACCUUUCGACGCUGUUAUAGCCAUCGGUGUGCUGAUCAAGGGUUCUACCAUGCACUUUGAGUACAUUUGUGACAGCGUCUCACAUGCUCUCAUGAAAGUCCAACUGGACACUGGUGUUCCCGUCAUAUUUGGUGUUUUGACCGCGCUGAACGACGACCAGGCGUUGGAAAGGGCUGGCUUAGGUAGAGGGCAAGACAAGGGACAUAACCAUGGAGAGGACUGGGGACUUGCAGCCGUUGAGAUGGGAACGCGUAGUAAACAAUGGGCAGAAGGUAAAUUCCUGUAAACGUGAUUGGAUGGAAAAUAUUGGGCUAGUGGUGUACGAUAUCCCUUUUCUGUUGUAGCACGAACUUCCCAAAAAGCAAACCUGUAUCUUACUGAUGGAUAGUAAGAUGGUUGACUGAGCUUACUAGGGUGUCGCUCAUAAUAUUAGCAAGAGCACAAACAUUUGCUGGAGGUAUUCGCCAAACCGUAGAUAUAAAAAGCAUCGCGCUUACCAGCACUCGAAGGGUCUGCCAGUGAGUUUGUGCAAGACCAGGGCAAGGAUGCUAAGACCUAGCGCUUUCAGCUUACCGACCAGCCCCGUAUUGUACAUGUUGCACCGUAAGGUUGCAGAGCUGGGUGCACAGACAUAUACCGAUGUUGGUUCCGCCGCGAGCAUAUACUUUGGAUGAAAGAGUGCUAGUUUGCAUCAGAUGCUGGCU